CGUCCGUCUUUCUACUCAAUCUUGCUUUCUGUGAUUUUGCGAUUGGCCUUGUUAUAAUGCCGUUAAUGGUGAACAAUCUACAGAAUGAUCGUUUGACAUUAGACGAGGAUGUUUGUUACGGAUUUGGGAUUUUAAACCAUUUGCUACAGUCUGCUUCGAUAUACACAGUGACAGUUAUAUCAGUGGACCGUUACGUUACAAUUAUUCAUUGUUUGAAACAAUCGUCUUGGUCACAGUAUAAAUAUAUCUUGGUACUUCUCCUCUUUGUUUGGACAGCCUCGUUUUCAGUUACAUUUCCGACACUUUAUAAAGAUUACGGACACAUAACUUAUGAUUCAGAACGAUAUGUGUGCGUACCAAACUGGGAAAAGAAAGGGCAUAUUAUACUAAUUAAUGCGCUUUGUUUGUAUAUAAUACCAAUUUUUAUCAUGGCAUUUUGUUAUAUAAAAAUAAUAGGAGUUGCAAGAGACCAUGCAAGAAAAAUUAGUGACAUGAGUAGACAAAUUAACAAAAAUGUAUACGACAGAGGGCAAAACAACUCAGGAGUAUUUGGAACAGAAAUGAUAGGUUCGGUUCAUAAAAUUUCGAUGAUCAGUUUUCCAUUAGGCAAAAGCGUCAAACCAAUCAAUGAUGGUUUUCUUCAAAUGUCUCACAGAGUGAGCGAGAGAAGUUUGUCACGAUUUGAAAGGGAAGCACGUGCAGCAGUACGCUUAGUAGGUCUAGUUAUAUCUUUUUUAUGUUGCUGGACACCAUAUUUGGCUAUAAACUGUGCCUUAGGAUAUGGUUAUCCGAAAGAAUCUAUACCGAAAUGGCUUUUGGGACUAUCUGUUUGGUUAUUAUUUUUUCAUUCUGCAUUUAAUCCGUUUUUGUAUGCAAUUAUGAGCAAGAGAUUUCGAUUUGCAUUGAAAAGACUUCUAUCAAAAUGGUUUCGUUCAAUGAUUCGAGCUGAGCCUGAUUUAAAUUGUUCUGAGGUAAGAUCAAAAUGGAACGAUACAGAAAAUAUGUUUAAAACUGUUUCUAUGGCGGCUCACGCCAAACGAAUGACCAAGCUUAAUACUAUACACGAGGCUCCCAAUAAUAAACUCAGUAUUACGAAUUUAGACAAUGAUGAGAUAAAUGUCCAUAGGUUGUCAGGAAUGUCAAAAUGGAAAUCAACAACAACUCCUCAGACAGACUUGUAUCUUUCUGUUCCACAAAAGUCAUUCACAAAUGGAAAGGGAGCAUUACGUAUUGAAACGAUCAAGUGUGAUAACAAUGGCGAUGAGACAAUAUCCUCCAGGAUAAUCAAAGUCCAUGAAUGCAGUACGCAAGAAUUAGCAGACGCAAACAAUGCCUCUAGUAAUAUAGGCAUUGAAUCAACAUCUGCAAGAAUCAUUCGUGUCAGUGAAUGUAGCAAUCAGGAAUCGUCUAAACCUUCGGAUAGUACAAAAAUAAGAAUUUGCGUAGAUUUUACACCUUGA